CAACCAUUCACCAAAUUGAGGACGUUGCCCGUGCAUUUCAACACUCCUCGGUAACCUCGCCUGGAACUCGAGGCAUGGAUUCUAACGCGGUUUUAUAGUUUUGUGACGGGAAUGUUCUGCGACGGCUGUGUGACGGGCGACUGGUUCAAGCCUCCUCCCGCGGCGGCGAAGGACGACGGCAGUAAAACGGCGGUGUCGCCGCGGCCGGCGCUGAAGUUCGGACACUGCGGCGCGUGCCUGGCGAGACUGGCGCCGGACCGACGGCCCCAACUUCUGCCGUGUUUACACUCGCUCUGCCUGCCGUGCGUCUCCCGGUCUCUCGCGGCGGACUACGGGGCCUGCCCAGGGUGCCCCGUGUGUGGUAUGCAGUACUCUCCCGAACAUGUAACUGGUGAUCUCUUCUACAAGGAUUCCCGGGGUGACACAGCCAAGCCGGUCAGUGAGUGUGGGGGUUGUGGUGCGGUGGGGGCUGGCGGUUGGUGUGUGGAGUGUGCGGAGGAUCUCUGCCCCACCUGUGUCUCCGCCCAUCAGAGGGUGAAGGUGACCCGACUCCACACCGUCCUGCGGCUGCCAGAGAACCCCCCCACAGGCUCCUUUUGGACGGCGUACUGCCCCAGCCACAGGAGAGAAGCCGCACGGCUCUUCUGCCAGUCCUGUGAGGAGCUGGUCUGCCGCAUCUGUGAGCAAACGCUGCACAAGGGUCACAGGUUUCAGUUUGUCAUGAAUGCUGUGGUGAAAGAGAGGGCGGCCCUCAAGCCUCUGACAGAACAUGUGAAACAGCAGAGGACACAAGUGAGGAACAGCCUGUCAGACCUGGACAGAAGGCUGCAGGACGUGAACGCGCUGCGGACCCAGCUGAACGAUGAACUGAAGGACACGGUCCUGAGAAUUCGGGACGCGCUGCUGAAGCGAGCCUUGAGUCUGUGCCUGGAGGUUCAGGAGCUGUGUCUUUCGGAGGAAAGGAAGAUCCGGGAACGGCAGGAGGCGCUGAAGAAGCUGGAGGAGCGGCUGACCUACCUCCUGUCCUUCACGGACCGAGCCCUGGACACGGAGGGCUACUCCGCACUGCUGGCCUACAAGAGCAAGAUCCAGUGCCAGUUUGAGGACCUGGCGUCCUGCGACGUCUCGCCGGGCAUCUCCAUGGUGACGGCCGCUUUCUGCCGCGACAGCGAGAUCUGCAGUAAAAUCCAAACCUUCGGUAAACUUGUGGUUAAAAUGGUGCCCUUUGCUUGCACAGGCGAUCAGAAUGGCCAAGGUGUUCCUGAAUCAAGGACUGGAGACGGAAGGCCCUUGGUUCCCAGAGUCUCUUUGGUCCGGCUGCCCGUCUCCUUCCCCCUGCCGGGCGGCCCCCUGCCCCAGUUCCGCCUGGCGACCAGCACCGGCAGACAGGAAGUUCUCCUGGAGCAGAUCCCUGAGGAGGGCCAGUUUUCCUGUCCCGACUCCAAGUCAUUGCGCCCCCUGUCGCUGCGCCCCCUGGUGCCCCCCCUGUCGCUGCGCCCCCUGGUGCCCCCCCUGUCCCUGCGCCCCCUGGAGCCCCCCCUGGAGCCCCCCCCGGUGCCCCCCCUGGAGCCCCCCCUGGUACCCCCCCCGGGCGGACGGGGGAGGUGUGCGCUCUGCCACACGGCCGGAGCACUCAGCAGCUGCAGCGAGUGUGGGAGGAGCUUCCACAGCGACUGCCUCCUCACCCCCAUCUGCACCGCCGACAGCGGGCGCUGGCAGUGUAUGGUGUGCGAGGACCAAUCGGAUAUCAGGGUUCACCAGAGCAGCCUAUCAGAGACAGACCCCACCCUCAGUCUGCCUGACCAGAGGGAAUGCAAGCGUCUCUUUCUCACCCUGAUCAGUGAUGAGUACAGUGCUGUCCUGUACCAGCAGCCUGAGUGGCUGUCGGACUCCUCUCCCUACGUGGACGUCACGCUGAUCCGGGACCGGCUGCUGCACAGGCUGUCCCCGGCGUACCGCACGCUGGAGUUCGUCUCCGACGUCUGGCUCCUCCUCAGCUCCCUUCCCAAGGGCCCGCAAGACGUCAAGCCCGUGGAGAGGCUUCAGAGAAUCUUCCAGAAGGCGCUCAUGAAAACCUUCGGGCCAAGCCUGCAGCCCUCCCUCCUGGAGCCGCCCCCGGGGAAGGAGGUGGCGGGGGCCGGAGGGGCCACAGGACCCCAGGGGGCCACGGACACCUGGCAGACAAAGAGGAAGAGGAAGAGGAAGAGGAAAGAGGAGGCUGUGAAGAAGGAACAGGCCGAGCCUCUGAUGAAGAAACUCUGCAAGGACGAGGAGGGAUGGAGGGAUGGAGGGAGGAGUGGAGUGAUGAACGAGGAAGAGAGGAGUGGAGGGGUGGGGUGA